UUUGGCGGGAGGGGGCUUUAAAUAGUUUCAAAUAUGGCGACUGGUUGAACGACUUUGAGUGGAAUAGUUCCCAAAUUUUGAAUUGAAAAGGCGAAAAGUCAAAGUAUAGACUGUAUAGUGAAACAUAAUGAAGCGAAAGAGAGCAGAAGCUGUAAGUACAUUAUAAUAAAUUAUUUUAGCGUGCGUUUAUUUGGAACAUUUGGUAAAUAUUAUGCUUGUGAUGUUACUCUGAGUGUAUAUCCAGUCGGGCCAUUCCAUUUAAUGUACACACCCCCCUAUGAACGAGGUCAAUAAAAUUUGAACCCCAAAGAAAAAAAGAUCAAAGUGCCGACACAAAUACCCCCCAGAAAUUAAUAAAUUUUUGCCUUACUCCUCAGAAAAAAAAUGCAAAGAUCAAAGGAUGCCGAUGCACACAACCCCUCGGAAAUGGCGUUUUCAAACCCCUUCAGAAAUUCUCGUCCAUAGGGGGUGUGUACAUUAAAUGGAAUGGCCCCACACCGGGCAAGCUUGAAAAAUAUGCCUGACCAUGGUGGGAAUCGAACCUACAACCUUUGGAAUACUAGCCCAAUGCUCUGCCAAAUGAGCUAUGCUUUCUGGUCAGUUCGAGUAUGUGAUAUUUCGGAAAAAACACAUGAUUAUUAUUAGAUAACAUUGAUAUCAAAGGAACUAGAUUCUGUUCCGAAAUAUCACAUACUCGAACCGACCAGACCGCAUAGCUCAGUUGGCAGAGCAUUGGGCUAGUAUUCCAAAGGUCGUAGGUUUGAUUCCCACCGUUGUCAGGCAUAUUUUUCAAGCUUGCUUGGUGUGGAUAUACACUCAGUAACAUCACAAGCAUCAUAUUCACCUGAGUACAUUACACCAACACAGAAAAAUCAUGAUUAUUACUAGAUAACAUUGAUAUCGAAGGAACUAGAUUCUGUUCCGAAAUAUCACAUACUCAAACCUACCAGACCGCGUAGCUCAGUUGGCAGAGCAUUGGGCUAGUAGUCGUAGGUUCGAUUCCCACCGUGGUCAGGCAUAUUUUUCAAGCUUGCCCGGUGUGGAUAUACACUCAGAGUAACAUCACAAGCAUCAUAUUCACCGGAGUACAUUACACCAACAGAAAAAAAAUCAUGUUUGGUAAAUAUUGUUACGAACACAUUUUCGGUUAUAUGGCUAAUACGCUUUUUUGGCUGAGUCGGCUCACUGUAUGGCCACUAUUCUGUGGUCUCAGUUAAAAAUAGCCUGGUAUAAUAAUAUCUUAUUUUGCUUUUGCCAACAAAACAUAAAUUAAUAUAGGCUGUUCUGAGUCUUCUGACAAAACAUAUUCCACAUGCCUACAGCAUAAAAGCUGAACCAUGGAAUAGAGACAAAUACAAAAGUAUGACUCAGGCCACUCGGCCAAAAAAAGUGUAACAUGUUGUAUUUGCAAUGAUUUCCCAUUGAAAUGCAUGUUCCUAGCCAUUGCAUUUUACAAGAGGCAUUCACCACCUGAGUGUCUGCCACUUUAUUCUAGGGGUGUAGGAAGGCUCAAGCUUGUAAAAUUUAGAGGGGCCAAGCGGGAAAUUUUUUUAUAAUUUGGAGUCUCCAGAUCGUUGGAAAUGGCAUAUUCAGAGUCUUCUUUAGCACUUUUGUUGAGCUCUUUCAAAUUCUGUCAGUAUGACUUGUAAGCUAUAAAUAUGUUUACAGUUUAUGGUUUGCAGCCUGUUUGCGACUAUGUUAGAUGAUAAGUAUUUGAACAAGUAAAUACCGCUGCCUAGUAACACGCAGCGUGACCAAAAACAUCCAAUGACAAAAGACAAACCAAAAUGUUGUUAUUAAAAUAACAAUAAUUGCAGAACGUUAUUAACAUGAUAUAUACCUGUAUGGUUUCAAAUGCUUCCUGUUUCAAGAAUUUCGCAGUAUUUUUUUAUUAUUUUUUUAAAUCCAAGAAUUGGGGGGGGGGGGCAAAAGCUAUCCGGGCUUCCCCUUAUAAAAUAUUGGGGGGGGGGCAUGCCCCCUUGAUUCCAAGCCCCUGGUUUUCAGGGGCUGAUGGCCUCUCCUUAGUACACUGGCUAGGAAUGUGGUGAGUGCUUUGUCAGCCUUUGUGAUGUUGUGGCAGCAGUUAGUUAUGUUGAGAUCAAAUUACAGGUGCUAACAUAACGUCAUACUUUCUAUAAAGUCCCUAUUCUGUGGGUGAACCUUGCCUGCACCCAAUAUUGGUUAGUAUUACAAAUUGUGUCUGAACCAGCCCUAAUUGUGAUUUUUUAAAGCUUUUACAAGGAAGGAAACAUAUAAAGCUUGAGAUUAAACUACUCAAAUCAAUCAAGUCUGAAAAUACAUCACCUCCAUGCUCAAAAAACUUCAGGGAAGAACAAUCAGACUGCGUAAGUAUGGGUAAUGUGCAGCACAACUUUAAUUUUAUUUGUACUGUACACAGGGCUUUCAGAAUUAUUCUGAGCAGGUAUCUGUUUUGAUAAAGUAGGCGACUGUUGGGAGGGAGGGGGUGGGGGGUCUUAAACUGGUGUAUAUUGAUUAGAUAGCAACACAACUGAGCUCUGGAACCAAAUUAUAAUGUAUCACUACUUUCAUUCUUUAAGAUUUAAGAUGGCAAAUAACUAAAUCAAUUUUACGAAAUACAGUAGUAUGCCGUUUUCGAAAAUAACCAGGCUAUAAAGUAAAGAGCAAGUUGAGAAACAAUAACUUUGUUUGAAAGCUUAGAUUAGGAGGAAGGAGAGCAGAAUUGAUCAUUCAAGUACUAAACAAAGUAACCGGCGGUGAAUCUUGUGGCACCCGCCGGAGCUCCAGCAGCCACUGCCUUAUUUUGAAAGCCUGGUGUACAUACUGUAUCCCUGCCACAAGGUGGUCGAGAUCCUAUGUUACAUCUUAUAUCCUUACAAUGUCUACUUAUACUGCAAGGGUGGAUACAAAAGCAAAACACUCGUAGUUCACAGAGUAAGUUUCAGCUUGGAGUCUCCCGGCAGCACUGGGAGAAUUGACAGCUAGGUCAGGUCUGGUUAAGUUUUAGUUGGGAUGAAAACCUCCGGUUAGGAUUAUGGGUGUGUGGGUUAGGUUUAUGUUUUUUUACCUCAAACAACAUAAAAUAGCUAAAAUCCAUCAUCUUUAUCUCAUCAAUCUUCCCUUUGCAAUUUAUCGCGCAUGAAAGCUUUUCCAAAAUCCCUGUAAAAUUAAAAGCAAAAAGUUAAUAACCAAACGCAUCAAUUAUGAUAAACACAAUUUCAUAAACCUCACAUUUCAUGACUCUCAGUUUUCAGUUGGCAUUGACUUGACAGAGUCAAAAAGGAUGGAAAAUUCAAAGACGUUUGAAAAGACAAGUGAACAAGAUUUGAAGGUGGUCAAAUUACUUGUUUUUUAAAGUGUGGGAGAUGAUAAGUUGCACGUGCCAACAAGACUGGAAAAUGUUCUUUUUCUUGGCUUAAUUCCCAUUAUAGAUUAAUUCUAAAACUAGACAAGGAGAUGCAAAUAAAUGCAAGACAAGAAAGCGCAUACUAAAAAUUAGUAAAAUUGCAAAGUUUGGUUGCGAAAGGUUGUAAAAUGCGGAAAAUAUAGCCUUGCAAAGUAUACUUUUAUUAAUUAUAGCCUUAAAAAUUGUAUACUUUUGUAUUGCGUGCGAAAUUCCUACCACAUUCCUACCACAUUUGGGCCGAAAAUGGUAGCAUGCAAUUUCCGCAUGCAAUACAAAAGUAUACAAAAUUUGCAAACUUUGCAUGGGGGCGAUAUUUUCCGCAUUUUACAACAUUUCGCAACCAAACUUUGCAAAUUUACUAGUUUUAGUAUGCUCUUUUUAGCUGUGGUGAUUUAUUUGCAUCUCCUUGCCUAGUUUUAAAGUUAGUCUAUAAUGGGAAUUGUCUAUUCCUUACAGCAGACAGAUCCACCGUUAAAAUGACCAUCCCCCCAUGCCUCGCCGUCCUCUAUUGAGAGUCUGGUCACUCCAAUGGAGGAGUUGGAGACUAGUUUCUUCUUAGAGGUCGCUCAUGGGAUUUUCAAAAAAAUGACAAAAAUUUGGUGUUUUAGUGAAUCCAAUAGGUAAAACCGAUAUCCUAAAUAGCUAGGGGUUAGUAAGAUGUCCUAUGGGCUAACUUCCAAAAAUUGCAUCCAAGAUGGAUUGCCUAUAUUAGAUGGAAUAGCCUAUUCCCAAGAUCUCGCUACGUACUGUAUGAUCACUUUCAUGUUUUCUCGAGAUCACAGGCACGAAUGUCUCUAUUGUAAUUAGCAGAACACUGACUGGGUUUAUCAUGAUUGUGUUACAAUACGUAUGUGGGUUUAUUGUGACCUGACUAGUGAAAACAAUGGAAUAUUGAAAACAAUAACCUUUUGAUACAGUAAUGUUCACUAAUGUUGAAAUAAACUGAUUGCGUAUACUAACAUGUGUAGAAUGAAGAUGAGGAGCUAUCCGAAUAUGAAAAACGACGGCUUAUCAAUAUCAAGCGAAAUCAAGCUAUGUUAAUUUCGUUGGGCGUUACGACGGUAUGUUCAUAAAACUUACAGUAUACAAUAAAACUUAUUAAUGUAACAACUUAAAAUACGAAAAGUGCACAGCCACAGGGGAAUCUCGUCAUAACAGACACCAUUGAUUGCUCUGCAACAGUGUUGUAACAAGUUGAGUCAUUGGCUCGGACUCGACUCGAGUCCAAUGCGAAAAAUACACUCGACUCGAGUCAACAGCCCCAAAUGACUCGACUCGGACUCGACUUGCUGAUUUUUGCCGUAAAUGACUCGAGUCCAUUCUCGGUCACUUGUACAGAAUAUUAAAAUUCGUCAUUCAAAAUUAUUGUGAUUGUAUUGCUAGGGAAGAACAAUGAGCUCUGUGAAGUUGUAAACAAUGAAAAAAUAUAUGGGAUUUGCAAGGAAUAUAUUCCUGACGUGCAUGCCUAUAUCACAUUUCUGUUUUUAGAAACAACGCUACUCGCUAGUGCCACAGUUUUUAAAAUGGAGUCUCAAAAUUUUUUGUCCUUAUACUAAUUCUAACCGGUUCUUUUUAUUUUUGGUAUUUAUGAAGUGCUAUAUAAUUUCAAAUUGACUUACAAAGCAUGAUUAUUUAAACUUAAAAGUUAAUUCUUACUCCAGUUGCAAGUUAUGCCCGUUGUAUGUACGUACACAGCUUCGUCCCCAGGCUCCAACUCAGACGCGCAAUUUCCAUUUCUCACGAAACGGCGCAGCAAAUCAAAGUGCCUGGGGACGAAACUGGUACGUACACUCGAUCAGCAGGCAUGAUGAGACAUCUCAUGUGGUUGUACUUAAUAUUGACUAGAACUGUGAUAUUGGUAUAGCCUAGCUGCCUAGAUACUGUUAUUAAAUGACUAAAGUGAUUAGCUUAAUUAAAAGGUAAAUUUGAUUACUAAUUUCAGACUGCAAGCUAGAGUAGCGAACCAUUACAGAAAGUGUGGGGUGGACUUGAUCAAAUUCGCUGAUUUAAGUCAAGUCUACAGUGUAGCUGUUGAUUCGACUUAAACCAGUGACUCGACUUGACUCGAGUGAAGCCGCUGACUCGAGUCGAGUGAAGCCGCUGACUCAACAAGUCUAGACAAACUUUUUAUCACAGCUUGAAAGAGCAUCACAAAAUUAGCAAUAUUCCAAAGUUUCGUUGCGAAAUGUUGUAAAUUGCGGAUAAUAUAGCCUUGCGAAAUUUGAAAUUUUCAGUCAUUUUGUAUUACAAACGGGAAAUGGUUACCACUUCCGUGCGUAAUACAAAAUGACUGAAAAUUACAAACUUCGCAAGGCUAUAUUAUCCGCAUUUUACAUCAUUUCGCAACGAAAUUUUGGAAUAUUACUAAUUUUGUGAUGCUCUUUCAAGCUGUGAUGAAAUUUUUGUUUAGGCUAGUUGAGAUCAAAAUUUUGGAAAAGUGGUAACCGUUUCCCGCUUGUAAUACAAAAUGACGAAAAUUGCAAAUUUUGCAAGGCUAUGUUAUCCGCAUUUUACAACAUUUCGCAACGAAACUUUGGAAUAUUACUAAUUUUGUGAUGCUCUUUCAUGCUGUGAUGGAAUUUUGUCUAGACUUGUUGAGAUCCAAAUUUUGGUUAAUUGGGGAUUGGUCCAUUAAUCAACUGAAUUGUUGUAUUGAAAUUUCCUAUAGGCCUCGAAAUAAGUGCCGGUCACCGGUCACUGACCGGUAAAAUUUCACAGUUUGACUGGCAAAUACUGUCGCCUGGCGGACAUGCGUGACCGGUAAUUCUUUUAAUAAGUUUAAAUCUUUUAAAAUUUCAUAUAAGUGCAAAUAAUCUUAACAAAUACACAUUAAAUCAUACACAAAACUGAAUGCUGUCCUUUUAUAAAUUUAAUUAUUUCACAAGUACGAUGUAGCCUAAAGCGAUUUCAACUUUUACGUGCGCGUGUACGCAAUUAAACUGGAAUGCAGCCUUAAAGCUUGCUUGCAACUCAAACUACAGUUGUCAUUUGCGACUUAAUAUUAAUCUGUUAGCAAACAAUGUUAAUGUUAUUAGUAAUGAUUACUACUACAGCUUUGAUAAACGCCAUACUUCUACUUUGUAUGCGAAUACAAUUAAAAUACACAGUCGUUUCUAAAAUUACGAGUCACGCGAAAGAUGAGGGGAAAAAAAGCUAAGGAGUGACAAUGCUGGACCGGCAUAACUUCCGCUGUGACCGGUAAAUUUAGUGAUCCACCGGUCAUAAUGACCGGUAUAACGUCCAGAUUUAUUUCGAGGCCUGUAUGUAAGUGAAAUAAUUACAAUGCAAGUGAAAUAAUUACAAUGCAAUGUUUGUGCUAGACAGUACUGUACUGUACACGCGUAAAAAUCAUCAUGUUGAUGCAAGUUGUUCAAAACAGGAGCGAACAAUGUUGUGCUGCACCCCGUGAACAAUAUUGUUAACAAGUUGUUGAACCAUCAACAUUGUUGCAACUUGUUGACAAUUAUGUUAACAACUUGCAACAGUACUGAUGGUUGAACAACUUGUUAACAAUAUUGUUCACGGGGUGCAGCACAGCAUUGUUCACUCCCGUUUGAACAACGCCGAACAACCUGAUCAAUUUUUACCCGUGUACUAGCCUUUUGAUUAUAUGUUUUUAGUUAUGAUCAGAUUUUGUGGGGAGGUGUGCACCUUCGCUGAGAUCAUUUUGCACUUCCCCGGGGAUUUUUUGCACCUUCCCGGAGAUUUUUUCCCAGACCGCCGCACCUGUUCUAAAAUGUAGCUGUCCUACAAUACCUCCCCUAGCAUUGUGGCUUUGUUUUGGGUACAAUACACUUUUCCAUUGUCCAUUGACCAUUGUUUAGAUGGACUUGUGUAAAAAUACUAAAACAAUUAUUCGCCUCAGGCUCGGUGAUUAUCGGGGAAUAUUCACCUCGAUAAUCACCUCGCUUUUGGUGAAUAAUUGUUAAAUGUAUGGUAGAAAUGUCAGGAAAUAUUUAUUUCUAUUAAAUUACUGUUGCUGAGAUAGUGUAUAUUUUGUGCAUGGGGGACACUUCGCGAAAUACUGAUGGAGCUGGGGAAAUUGGGUUUGCCAACAACAACUUUUUGUGGCUUGAAAUCGAGGCCGUUGGCCAAAAUGAUUUCGCUUCGUGGCAACCCCCUGGGGAAUAGAUUUUCUGUGGUUCAAUGCAUAGUACCAUAGAUGCUCGAUUACCACAAAAAGUUCCCAAGCAAAAAACUUGCCAAACACCGAGAAAAUGGGUGAUCAAUGAUUAUCCUCUAUUAAUUAAAUUGUAUUACAGCAAGAAAAUGUGAAAUUUUGUAUUCAAUUACAACAAAAAUUACUUGCAUCAUCAGAAAGCUUACAAAAAACCACAUAUAAGACUUAUAAACAGUUUUUUAUUUUUCAAAUAGGCUUUGAGUUAUUGCUGUUUUAAAUGUGAAAAUUGGACCAAAAUGUCGCAAUAAGGACUGGGUACUAGAUCAAAAACGCGUUUUUGACAGCGUAUAACUCGAAAACAAUUUGAGAUAUAAAGAAACUGUUUAAUGUCUUAUAUGUAGAUUUUUGCAAGCUUUCUGAUGAUGCAAGUCAUUAUUGCUGUAAUUGAAUAUAAAAUUUCACAUUUUUUUGCUGUAAUACAAUUUAAUAGAGGAUAAUCACUGAUCACUCAUUUUCUCGGUGUUUGGCAUGUUUUUUCCCUCCCUGGCCCCCUUUACUAAUAAUAAUAAAGAAAUACAAUACUAUGUUUAAUAUUUUUAAGGCUGCAAGCUUUUUGAGUGCGAAAGAGAGGAGAGUGUAAGUAGUGACUACUGUACAGUAUAUGCUAACGUAUUUUAAUUUUACCCAAUCAUGCAUGAUCUGUAAACAGUUUUCAUACGCUGAUAAUUUUCCCCUGCUAAUUCUAGUUUAAUCUAACGGAUCGUAUCGUUAAUCGAAUUAUCAGCUUAUAAAAUCAUUAUUCUCUAAAUCGACGUUAAAACACGAAAUUUCGGCACAUUCUUUGCAGUUUCGUGUCAACCGCGCUGACAAAAACCGAAUAGAAAGGUUUACCAGCACUGAAUGUUAAUUUCUGCCAUAAUUGGCUUCACACUUUGGACUCGUGUUCUCACUCCAUGCAGAUAUACACACACGUAAAAACGCACAGUUGUUACAGGUCUGAAAACAAGUUGCUACAAAUUGUUCACAAGCUGUCAACAAGUUGUUGUAACAAGUUUGGAACAAGCUGCUAACAUGCAACUUGUAACAAGCUUGAUGGCAUUAUCAGACUUGUAUAGCAAAGUUGUUCUAACAAGUCUAAUACAGUAGUUAUAUAACAAGAAUGUUACAAGGCUGACGAUACAAGGUUCUAACAAUAUUGUUAUAUCAUGACUGUACCCUGUAUUGGACUUGUUGGAACAACCUUGCAAGUUGUAACAAAUCUAAUAAUAUGAACAAAGUUGUCCCAAGUUGUUAACAGUUUGUUCCAAACUUGUUGUGACUUGGGACAAGCAGUGCGAAAACAACUUGUUGACAGACUUGCUACAAGAUGUGAGUCUAUUGUGUGUGUAUAUGAAGCUCGCUGGACGUUUGUCAGCUCAUGCUACUCCCCCGUGGGAGGCACGUGACCAUUCCCAAGUUCUUUUCUCUGCGCAGGGCAAAAACCUCAUUUUGAUCAAUUUUUGACCCUCAAAGUUGGCGGAUAUGUUGUCUUUUGAUUAAUUUUAGCAGCAAGUUUGUGUAAUGACGUCAUUUUCGGCACAUUCUAGAGUAAAAAGGCUGACGGAAUUUUUCCAACGCAGAUACAAAUAUUUAUUACACUGGCCGCAGCCAGUGCAUGUCAUAGAAUGGCCUUGGUCUUUUUCGGGGUUUUUUUUGGUUGUCGCAAGUGUGACUUUCCAUUGCGGCAUCGUGGGCUCAGGAUUUCCAAUUUAGCUAAAAACAUGUUCAGGUGAUUACGACACGCUUGAACUUUUUCUAUGUUUUUCGAUAAGAUAUCGCUGAAUUCUAUUGGUUUUGUAUGGAUUUUUAUUGUGCCGUACUCUGAAUGUUUGUGAUCAUGAAGUGACGGCCGUCAAGAAGUGAGGAACAUCUAUAUAUUUCAAAUUAAUUUUUAGAAUAUUGCGAUGGUAUUUUACCAACCGCGAAGGCCAGUGUGAACGCCUGAACAGGCGUCUUGUUAAUACUAUCUUGUAUAUAUUGUGGCUCAAACAUUACGCAUACCAAAAAUCAUAUUUGGGCUUUUGUGGCAAUUCCAAAAGGUUAAAUUAUUGAUGUAAAUUAAUUAUUAUAUUAUUUAUAUUAUUCUAUGUUGUUCCUGUUGUAGUCCGAGAAAGCCGAAAGCGAAACCGUUCCAACCUAUCCGACGAUCUACGCGAAUUAGUGGGAACGCUAAUGGAAGGACAGUUUCACAAAUCGUUCCAAAUACACCUGCUAACAGUGUUGCAGUUACAGUGAGUAUUAUACGCAUGUUCAUGCAUUGUAUACUCUAGUUUAUAGUUCCCAGCAUGUUAAAUGUGGGAACAGUUUUAAUUGUAGCACGGGAACAAUUCGUCGCCUGUUUCUCAUGGGGCAUUACUAUAUCUGACUCUUCCACAGUCCCUCGUUAUAUUUUAGGACGGGAGAAUUAUGCCCGUUCGCGGGUUAGGCGUUGACAGCUACACCAUUAUCCAACGCGAGCGACUGGGGACGAAUCAGUUACUGUAUAGCAUUCGAUUGCUGCUAAUAUAGACCAGUUAGACAGCGAACUGAACUAAUAAAAUUUAAUUACUUUAAUUCGAAGCCUGAAAUUCUCCUGCCUACUGUAUGUAAUGGACAUUUCUUGCUAACACAAUAUUAUCUUGCGUGGUGUGUAGGAAAAAAGACAAUCUGGUCCAGUAAACGCGGUUCCAGAGAAUGACGUUGAAGAAGCCGAUAGUAAGAACUUCCUGCAUUCUUUAGACAUGCUGAAUAAAAAUACAAAGGUUUGUAGUAUACCAAAUAUUCUUUUUCUAACUCAUAUACUGUAUAGUACAUGUGUACGGUACAACAUACCAUUUUAUUUUAUGUAAUACCUUGCUGAAUUCUGAUCGUUUAAUUGGCUGUUUAUGGUCACGUGAUAUUGAGUAGAAAAUUCCCUUUCCCAAAAGUGCAAUGGAAUACGUUCCAUUGCACUCUUUGCGAGUGCAAUUGUGCUAUACGUUUUAUUCCAUUGCACUCUUUGUGUUUUCGAUAAAUCGCAUCCGUCAAAAUGCUUCUCAUACGAAUCUAUUAGUGUAUUUUGGUAUUAUAUAAAACAAAUAAUGCAUGAACGUUUAUUCGUGCAAUGGUAAGAAUAUUUUCAUUCGGUGAAAGAUGGAAUGUUCCAUUCAACUCGGCUGUCGCCUCGUUGAAUGAAACAUUCCAUCUUUCACCUCAUGAAAAUAUUCUUACCAUUGCACGAAUAAACAUUCAUUAUUUGUAUACUAUAAACUGAAAGUGAGCUCAUAUACUGCAUAUAAUGAUGUUUUUAAAACAAGUGCGUUAAAAACCAAAAUUUCGGCAAUAUUAAAUCGCCAUUGUUACCAUACAGAAACAGUAUAGUGGCAUAACGUUUUUGACCAGUUUUUCGCUUUUAGAAUAUUCAAUAUAUCCUUCGGAGUAACUGAUACCGACAAUAAUUAAUUUAACCUGGGAUGCGUCUAUACAAAGUUUUUUUAUAUCUGGGUUAUUUGGCCGGGAUGUGCGUAGUUGAGGAUUCUUGUCUCUCCAUUAAUAUCGCAUCAGUUUCGUUCAACUAUGCAAGAUAAUUAUCAGUUUUUAUUUCAUUUAGAUAACCACAAAUAUUGUCUCAGAAGAAAUGUCAUGCACUGAAAGGUAUAUGCAGUGAGAAAUUCGCGAUUCUUGACCAGGAAAUAACUAUCAAUACUAUCAUGCCUUCCGUUAUGUAGGCCCUCCUCGUAAGUCGCUAACUCACUGACUGAAACCGUGUAGCUCUGAACUAUAUUCUGAAAUGAUUUCCCUAUAUAAGCCUCAAAUUAUAUAAAGGGUCACUCGGGGGGGCGGGGGCGGGGGCGGGGGGAGUGAUUGUCUUGGCACUCUAUAUCACACAUAACACAAGCGUGACCAUGCCCUAACCCUUACAUAAUAGUAAUUGUUUGUGGACAGAAAUUAAAAUGUAAAAUGAUAUUGAAGUGAAUGAUUGUUUUAGCUGUAAUGUCCGUGACAACUCUUGAAACCAACUGAUUGAAAAUUAUAUAAUGAUAUAAAGAUAUAAAGAUUUAAUGCAUUUAUUUUGCUUUGUGUUAUAAACUAAGAUUUUAGCCGUCUUGGGUACCAUGUGGCUAAUGAAACAUGAACGUUUUAUAAUUACUUUAAGAAGAGUAGAAUGAAAACUCUGCAAAAUGGUCUUUGAAUGUAAUGUCCGCAAAGAUGAAUUGACCCAUGCAAUUGCAUGUGAGGACCUUGUAUAAAAACCUUUUUCUUGGUCUAAUCUUAUAAUGUAAUUAAGUAAUGAUCAUAUUUCUAGUUUCAAAGAAAGAACAUCAAAACUACGUGUCAGUGUUGAAAACGUUUGUAAAAUUGUUUGGGAAAAAAUUACAACAAUGACAUUCCAUCCAAGCUGUGAUAAAACUAUCAUCUGUGCUGGUGAUAGGAAAGGAAAUAUUGGAUUUUGGAAUGUGGUAAGUAAGGAAACUUUGCGUUUUUUAUUGGCUAUACCAUAUAAGUACUACAUGAUCAUCAUUACAACGAAAAUGCAACAAAUUUUAACAAGACUGUUGUGA